CAGACACCGCCAGUCCCUCUACAGAACUGUAACCCGAGCCCCGUAAGUACAGGAUACCGGCCGCCACGUUUCCUGUCUCUCUGAGAAAAGAAAGCUCCAGCGCCUCCUAUGGCCGCAGAGGUUACUGCACCGAGCGACGAUGUCGAGAACCACAACUCCCGGCAUUCCCCGCGCUGCUCGCUGCUGACCCUGUGACGUCACGCCGUGUGAUUGGGCGGAGAAUCUGAAAGCGCAUGGGGGAGAGCGCAGGAGACGGGGCGGCCACUCCAGGCAGUGUUCUGCUUGUGCCUCUUCACCAUCAUCCAGACCUCACCGCAUCCUGCGCCAAACUCCUGAACCAAACAUGGAAGCGGAGUCUGGGAGCCCGUAUGCACUCCCUAGAGCGCUCCGCGGACGAAUUCCCUCUUUGUCUGGUGCUUGUUGGGGCCCCUGAGGGCCCUGCUCUGGGUCAUGCCCGGCUUUGUAGGGUGGUGGGUCUCCAGGACAGCCUGUUUGUGGAGUCGGUGGUGGUCAGUGCUGAGCUACGUGGUAAAGGCUAUGGACGCAAGCUAAUGGAGGCCACUGAGAGAUACGCAAGAGGAAGGGGCUUCCAAAACCUGUACCUGACCACUCAUGACAAGCAGGACUUCUACCACCACCUGGGGUAUCGCUUGUCAGAACCUGUGCAGAACAUGGGGAGUCUGAAUAGUCUGCUGCCUGCCACCAUGAUCCAGAAGAUGGUGGCCUCUAAGACAAACCCUACCUCAAACCAUCAUCCUGUGUCUUCAACUGCUCCUCCAUCUAGCAACUGCUCCAUGUCUCCUCCACCACCUCCUCCUCCAUCUAGCAACUGCUCCAUGUCUCCUCCUCCUCCUCCUCCAUCAUCUAGCAACUGCUCCAUGUCUCCUCCUCCACCACCUCCUCCAUCUAGCACCUGCUCCAUGUCUCCUCCUCCACCACCUCCUCCAUCUAGCACCUGCUCCAUGUCACCACCUCCUCCUCCUCCAUCUAGCACUUGCUGCAUGUCUCCACCACCUCCUCCUCCAUUUAGCACCUGCUCCAUGUCUCCUCCUCCUCCUCCAUCUAGCACUUGCUCCAUGUCUCCACCACCUCCUCCUCUUCCUCCCCCAUCUAGCACCUGCUCCAUGUCGCCACCACCUCCACCUCCUCCUCCUCUAUCUGGCACCUGCUUUAUGUCUCCUCCUCCACCACCUCCUCCUCCUCUGCCUACAGCCAUGUCACCUCCAUCUAUUCCACCAGCAGAUCAAGGAACAUUUGACUUGCAGACCCCAUACCUGGACUUUCGUGGGAACCCCAUAUUUUGGAUGAAAAAAUGUAUCUAA